ACCUGUCCCUUUAUCUUGUGAAAUGGCAAGAUACAGAAAAAAAGCGACACAAUACUUGACUUUGACACUAGUCGUCUCAAAGUCAGAGAAGUCAAUGCUAGCUAUUGUGCACAAUGAGUAGCAAUAGUGGUUAAAAUUAGCGAAAGCUACUCCCUUCCAUGUUAGCAAUACUCUAAAAAUUAGAGUAAAUGUCAAUCUUGAAUGGGUAUUUAUUAAAUUAACAUUUAGAAAAAUUAAUAUAAGACGUUUUUUGUCAAGCCAAAAGGGGAAUAAAUGCAUUUUUAAAUUAAGAAUAAAAAAAUUACAAAAAAAUACCUUGUAAGUGUAAGUUUUGGCACUUUACCUUGAUUUUUUUGCAGUACAGUAUAGUUAUCUAUUCCUAUGAAAUCAAAAUAUGGCACCAUUUUCAAUGAUUUUAAUUUUCUUGACAAAAUUUCAUUUAUGACAGCAUUUUUUUGGGGGGGGGACACAGUUUGCCAAUGACAGCGAUAAAUGUCCUAUUCCUUUUAUCGGGAGGUCUGGUCACGAUCAGUCGCUGCCAGCCUCUUCCAGUCAAAAGGAAUUUGACGUCUAUUACCAUUAAUGGCAAAUGAAUACAAAUACUAAACAAAAUUUAAAAUUGUUGCCAUGUUUUUUUAUACAAUUGAACUUAGCCAUUAUUGAGGCAAACCCUGUUUUAAUAGACAAUAUAUUUCAUAAAACAUUUUAAAAGCUGUUUUCUUUAAACGCAGCAUUUGAUUACAUUAAUCGGCGUGUUCAUUUUCCAUUAUCAGUGCUCCUCGCGGACUCCGUAAGCGACUGGAUCAGCAGCUUCUCCAACUUGUCCUUGUGGCAUUUAGUAAAGACUGUAAUGGUGUGCUUCUUGUUCAAGAUCCCAACACGAUCCAGGACCAUCAUGCCGCGGCACAUGGCGCCCCACAGCUCCACACGCACGGGACAGCACACACUCUCGGCCACCACACUGGGAUCCACGCAGGCCGCCACGGCGUACGAGUCAAAGGAGACGAAGCCUGGUCCGAAGUAGACGUCGCGCUUCUUGCGCAGAGCUUCUCGGGAAUACGCCCAGCAGCGCGACGUGAUGGCCUUCAUAAAGCGAGACGCCACUGUGUCUUGGUUUGUCAGCUCCUCGAAGAAUUCCUAUGGGGUGAUGUGGUCGUUGUAAGAUUUGAGCUUUUACAAAUCUGCAUGAAGUGGAUGCAACAAAAUGGUAACAAAGCACCUUUUCUUAACCAUAUGUGGCAAUAUGUAUUUGGAUAAAACCUGAUGUAACAUAAAUAUGGUACAUUGGUGCCUUUAUUUGGCACUCGGAACAAACAUUUCCAACUAGAGGAGCAGAGCAGACUUUUGCCAAAGCAGCCAAAUUCAAAGCAUCGCCAUCUUUCUGACCUCUGUGACCUUUCUCAUCUCAUCACGUAGCCUGCAAAUUGUUUCGUUAUCAGUUUAGUGCAAAAAAAAAAAAUCUGACCUUUGACCUCAUUACCCUGAAAUUUAUUCACUUCUGUUUUAUAACCUUUGACCUCAAUACCCCAAAUGUAAAACCUGUUUCAUAUUUAAAACAUCCCACAAGUUUGAUGUUAUCUUGAAUAUGAACAAACCUAUGACCUUUGACCCCAUUACCCCAAAUUAAGUCACAUUUAUAUGACCUUUGGCCUCAUUGAUCCACAUUUAAAAAUAGUCCGUUUCAAAUUUCAAACAUCCUGCAGGUUUGGUUUGAUCAUCUUUGCGUUAUAUUGAAUAUGACCUUUGACCUCAUUACCCCAAAAUGUAUUCACCUCUUGUGUUUCACAUUUCUAACAUCCUAAGAGUUUUGGUAGUAAUUAGUUUCUUCGUUCUUUUCCAUUUCACCUGCUGGCGGAAUAUAUUUGUUAAAUUAAGUCAGUUUUUUUAUGUGAUUUUUUUAGAUUAUUUGUGCAACACAUGUAUCUGAACAGCAGGUAUCUCGGGGGUAGAGGGAAAUGUCACUGCUUAACUGGACAAAGAUGCAGGGUUCAAAGAAGUUUAAAAAAGCGGUUUAUAGUCUGAAAAUUACUAUAGGUCCUUGAAUCAAUAGGUCGCUGGUUGAGAUGGCAUUUUGUGACAAAUUUAUAUUGCUAAUUUAAUGAUUACCUUUAAAAAAAUAUAUAUAUAUAUAUAUAUAUAUACAUACUAGGGCUGUCAAAAUUAUCGCGUUAACGCACGGUAAUUUUUAAAAUUAAUCACGUUAAAAUAUUUGACACAAUUAACGCACAUGUCCCGCUCAGACAGUAUUCUGCCUUUUGGUAAGUUUUACAGCAAGGCUUUUUGUGCUGUCUAACAGCGAACUCUUGUGGUCGCUUUGCGACAUGGUUUAUUGUUUUCUUGCCAGUUCAAUAUGGCUGCACGACGUCUCGGGCUGACGCCUAAGUUGUAAUGUUGUGCUUAUAUGAUCCUUGGACAAGAUUUGUCCGUAAGUAUGGUUGUUGUAAAGAAUGUACAUAUUAUGUUAGUAAGCGAAAUGUUAUAUUUUUUGUAUGAGACGCUUUUUGUUUGUUUAGUGAACCUGUAUAGUGUGCUAAGCUAACGUUGUUGCUAAUGCAAUGCUUGUGUACUUUUUUUUUGUAGUUUUACGACGGUCUAAAGAGGACAAUGGUUUGAGGCCAUUUUAUUUAUAAAUCAGAUGAAAAAGGAAGAAGUCUGAUUAUUAAGGCGUCGUUCACUAGCUGUCUAGCUUUGGAAAAAGUAGACGCUUCGGAGUGAGGACAGCAUAGACAGAUUUAAAUGACAGUAGAGUGAAAUGCCCACUACAGUCCUUAUGUACCGUAUGUUGAAUGUAUAUAUCCAUCUUGUGUCUUGUCUUUCCAUUCCAACAAUUUAUUUUACAGAAUAUAUAUAUAAUUUAUAGAAAAAUAUGGCAUAUUUUAUAGAUGGUUUGAAUUGCGAUUAAUUGCGAUUAAUUACGAUUAAUUAAUUUUUAAGCUGUAAUUAACUCGAUUAAAAAUUUUAAUCGUUUGACAGCCCUAAUAUAUACUUCAUAUGGCCAAGAUGCACCCUCCCACUGGUCUCCGAAUUAAACCGUACAGAAAGAUUCCGUUGAAAGAAGUAUUAUGAUCUUACCCAAGACAACGCAUUUCUACAGGCAUAUUCCCACGACGUCAAGUAGGUUGGGCACAGAAACUCCUCCAGAACCACAUAAGCUGCUUCAGGAUCCAUGGCAAAGUUGAACUCUGCACUCGGAGUUAAGUUGCCUUUCCCUGGAAUUGUACAUAUGAAAUGCAUGGACAAAAUCCAUAUAAACACACCAGUUCCUCCUCAAGCAAAGCAAACCCACUGUCAUGACAUUUGAAGAAUUGCCUCAUUCUGGUAUUUAGCAUGCCCGGAUUGUCGAGCACUUUAAGGACACCAAAACUAAUAAUGUUUGCUUAGUAAAGAGUUAGGCGAUUUUCUUUUUUCCUCCACACACACCUUAUAUAUUGACCUUUUAGCGACACUAAAGUCUUUUUAUGUAUACAAAUAUGUAGACUAGACAUGUGCCGAUUACAAGGUAUACCAUGGUAUGGAAAUGUCAAGGUUUCAAAACCGCAAAAAAUUUGUCAUACCGUCCCUAAGGUAUUGACUGCUUUUUAUAUCCCAAAAAUGCAGGGAGAAAUCCCUUGCUUGCGGCUGUAAGGCUCAACCCUCCCCCACUGGUUUUUGCUCAGUGUUAUUGAGUCAGCUGUGUUUCAUGAUGGCUGGAGGAGGUGAAACUCUGAACUUUUUCCCCCAUCGAAGAAAAGGAAAUCGCUGGUAUGGGAAUACAUCGGCUACAGAAAAGUUAGACAGCCGCGGCUUACAGGAGGGCCAACCGACAUGUAAAACAUGUUUGCCGACGGUGGCUGCCGAGUAGGCAACACCUCCAAUAUGAUUUCGCAUUUAUACACACCAAAGGUUAGUAAACACUGUCAUGAAUGUUUCCCACUAGCUACAACGUGUUUUAUGUGUCCAACGGUGGUAAAAGUUUUUUUUCUCUCUGGCAACUGUCGAGAGUGUGGCUAAUGUAAACAUGUUAUGAGUCGUACACAUGUGCUUUUUAUGGAAAUUAUUUUUAUUAAUGUUGAGCUGUGGCUGUAGUAGUAUUUUUAAUAAGUCAAAUAUUUUGCAACGCAAAUCCUGAACCGAGUUCACUCGACCAGUAUUGAGCCUUUUUGACCUUUUAAGGACACCAGAGUUAAUAUUUUGUUUUUAAGAGGGAACACAAAUAUUUGUGCUUCUUAUGUCACUAUAAAGCCCCUUUGACCCUUUUGGCUUCCCAUACUGUUUGUGAAUUUAUCAUAAUGUCACUUUAGAAGGUCCUAAGAAAUGGUGACCACCUCCAGAAAAUUGAAAAUUCACACUAAAGCCUCUUCUGUCACUUUUUUAAAAACUGUCUGCUGUCAUUUUAAAGUUACUUGUAGUAUUUUAUAGCACCUUUAAGCCAGAAUAUUUGGUCAACUAUCACACUAGGUUUGUAAUAAGGUUUUUUGUUGCUUGCCUUUUACAGUGAUAGACGUCUAAAACAUUGACUGUGGGCUUGGCAGUGAUCAUUGGCUGUUAGCCUUGCUGAGUCAAAAUAGAUGGACAACAUAUCGCUCUCAAUGCCUCAAAACCUGUCCCGAUUUUCUGUUGGGUUACCUUCCAUAUUGCCUCCCAUGAUAUAAAGUUCCUUGAGCAUUCCAGGGAAGCUUGGGUUCAUCUUGACAGCCAGCGCCAGGUUGGUGAGGGGCCCCAAGGCCACUAGACUUACCUGUGCCCGAAAAGCCACAGUUAAUGCCGUGGAAGGAAAGGGAAAGCGGGUCAAGCACCCAUACCUGCUUGGGGUUCUCCGCCACCAGGCGCAACAUAGCACUCACAGCGUGUUCCCUCUGGAUUUUCUUCUCCCACCGUGGGUCCCUGUCCUCUAAAACGUCCCCGAGGCCGUCUAUGCCGAAGUGGUCGCAGGGGGUGUCGUUGGCCGUCCCGACUAGGGGCCCCACCGAGCCACGGAACACAGGGAUCUUUAAAAAAAAAAAAAAAAAAAAAAAAUUGAGUUCUAACAAGUGUACAUUUUUGCCAUAUUCUUCUUACUGAACUAAAUUUGACUUAAUUCUCAUAAUGUUUUUAGAUAAUUUAAUGGAAAUUGCGACAUUUUUGUUAAUGUAAAACGAUAUUCUAUACUUUUUAAAAAUUGAAUAUGAAACAUUUUUUUCUCAACCAAAAUGCUUUUAUAUUGGAAACGAAUGCACAUUUUUGUUUAUGAAAAACGAUGUUUGCAAGUUUUCUUUUGAUAUUCUCAAAAUAUUUUUUCUUAAAUGAUAGCCCCAUCCCAAAAGAUAGACGACCCCUUAUUAAAAAGUUUUACAUGACUAAAAAGUUAAUUUAUUUCUUCAUAAAGAAAUAAUUUUUAAAAGGCUAAAAACAGAUUACCAAUAUUAAAUACUGCAUUUUUGUGAACCUAAAUUCAGAUAAUUUUUUUGCACGUUUUACAGUAAGUUUUUUAAAGAUGACAAUGAAAAUAAGGGAAUAAAGAAUUGAUAUUAAUACAAAUCUUAAAAAAAAAAAAAAAAGUAUUAAUUCAUGGAAACUUUUUCCAUUAAUUUUUAUUUUGUGAACCUUAAUUCAGAUUAUAAAAGUAGGAAAGUCACUUUUGCCUUUUUUUUUUCUUUUUUCUUUUUUUAAUCGUAAUUUUAUUGUCCCUCUAAUAUAUAUAUAUUUUGCUACUAUGAAAUCUUUACGCAUGAUGAUACCAACCUGUUCCCUUUGUCCCACGGCGAUCACUUUAAUCACAUUUUGGCAGACGUCAUCCAGGGACGCGUUCCCGAACACGCAGGUGACCGCCAGGACGCGAGCGUGAGGCGCCGCCAGGGCCAACAGGAUGGCCUGGGCAUCAUCGAUGCCGCAGUCCGUGUCGAUGAUGAGCAACUUCUCCGACAUCUUUAUUAUCCUGCCGUAGAAACUUCAAUUCAUCAAACAAACAAACAAAGUCAAGAGUUUAGUAAAGGGACUUUAAUUAACCUCUUUUUGGAGGAGGUGAGACGCGGAAUUCACUCGUUUGAUUGGCUCCAAGUGGUUGAAUCCUUUCAGGGGGGAGAUUACUGCGUCGAUUAUAAAAUAUUAAUAAGAUUAGACUGAACGUACUGUAUUAAAAAAAAAAAAAAAAAAAAUCAAUUCUCAAACAUUUAUCAAAACUUUCCACUUGAGCAUAUUUGGAUUUGAUAUUCUAUUGCGUCUAAAACAAUUUAAGAAUGGUUUAGCCCGACCGCGCAAAUCCGGAAGUUUCUUCUUCGUCCGUUAAUUAAUGUCUAAGCAAGCUAUUGUUAUGUAUGUGUUGCUAAUACGUCUCUCUCAAACAAUUUAAGACAAAAAUACCUCACAAGAGUACGUUUGAAAAUUAAAAUAACGAACUUUAUGAACGAAACACUUUCCUCCUGAACCAAUGUGUCGACUGAUGUCUCCGGAGACCUAAGACUUUUUCUCAGGUCAAGUGAGUCGUCCAUGCCAAACACAUCCGAAAAUCCUGCGAGUCCAUCAAAACCAUUAAGUAUGCAAAGGCAGACCGUCAGCCAAGAGGAAGAGGACCGCCACCUGAUCGGGACGUCGGCCACCGUAACCCGGCGGGCUUCCAGCGGUGAGCUCCAGCUUCCCCGCACCUUCCCGGUCACGCACUCCCGGGAGAAGUUCUACACCGUCUGCUCUGACUACGCACUGCUCAACCGGGCCGUGAGAAAGGACGACGGGGAUAAAGCUGCCUGCGACUUCCGGCCGGGUCAGUCGGCGGCGGUUUCCGACGGCGACUUUGACAUGGAGGACCUGACGCUCGGAGGAGCCAAGACCACACUGGCUUGGGAGAUAGACACUACAGACUUCAAAGCGCUGCUCACACGCAAAAUAAGGACAGGUAGCGUAAAGAAGUGCAGCAGCAAAAAGAUGAAGUCAGAUCGACCCAUCAGGAACCUUCUGGAAGUCCCACCUCAGCCCUCGCUAGAAGAUGUCAAGCAAAGGAAGGUUCUAGAUCUCCGAAGAUGGUAUUGCAUCAGCCGGCCUCAGUACAAGACAUCUUGCGGGAUCUCUUCGCUGGUGUCCUGUUGGAACUUCCUGUACAGCACGCUGGGCGCAGGAAGUCUGCCACCCAUCUCCCAGGAGGAGGCGCUACACAUCCUGGGCUACCAGCCACCCUUCGACGACAUCAAGUUCGGCCCUUUUACCGGCAACGCCACCCUAAUGCGAUGGUUCCGGCAAAUCAACGACCACUUCCGCGUGCGGGGCUGCUCGUACAUCCUGUACAAACCACACGGUAAACACAAGACAGCGGGAGAGACGGCUGAGGGAGCCUUGGGCAAGCUGACAAUGGGCCUGCGGGACGAGUCCAUGGCCUACGUCUACCACUGCCAGAACCACUACUGCUGCCCGCUCGGAUACGAAGCCACGCCCCUCAAAGCAGCUAAAGCGUACAGGGGUCCUCUGCCCACCAACGAGAUGGAGCAUUGGAUCCUGAUCGGAGAACCCAGCAGGAAGCAUGCAGCCAUUCACUGUAAAAAGUGGAUGGACAUUGUCACAGACCUCAACACCCAGAAUCCAGAAUACCUGGACAUCCGCCACACGGAGAAAGGAAUCCAGAGGCGAACCACCAAAAAGGUGGGUGGAAACCUGCACUGCAUUAUGGCCUUCCAGCGGGUCAACUGGCAGAAGCUAGGCCCCUGGGCCCUCAACCUGGAGAACCUGCGCCACACUGGAAGCGAGGCAGAGGACACCAAGCGCUUCGCCCAGAUGGGACGCUCACACAGUACAGGCAGCCAAAAAGACGCCCCCUGGAGGCAUCUGUCCAACACUGCAGACCACCGGCAGAAAAGCUCACCUGAUAGUGACAUCGAUGAAGAUGAUGCAGAAUGAUAGACGACGAUGUAGCGAGGGACUGUUUCAAAAUAUACUUUAAUAUUCACAUGUUGAUAAAAUGCAAUGUUUAUUUAUUAUUCGUAAAAUACACGUACCACAUCCAUGCUCAGUUCUCAUAUUUUUCCUAUAAUUUUAAAGAUUUUCAUAGACAUUUUUUUGUGUUACGUUUCCAAGUCGUCUGUUGGGCAACGUCCUCGUAAGUGUCGUCUCAGCUGGCCUAUUUGAUCCGGAUCAACGCGGCAGCAACCCCCUGACAAGACACAAACACAUAAGUCUUGUAGUGGCAAUUUUCAUCUAGCGGAUGACGCUGUGGUGUAAGUAAAAUAAUUUUCUUAUGUAGCGAGUUUGUGUAUGUAAAUAAACUAAGUUGUCAUAUAAUCCUUUUAAUGUUGGGAUUUUUUUGGGAUGACUUUGUACACUUAAAUUGAAAGUAGGGAUGUCCCAAUCGCAUAUUUUUGCACCCGAGUCUGAGUCACCCGAUUUUGAGAAUCUGCU